GCCGGUUCUCACCGCAAACCAUACUGCCUUCCACUACGACGGUGACGACACGAUAACGACUCCGGAUUGUUAGAGUCUGCAACUGGCUCAUCGAUUUCAUUUAUUUUUCGCGCUCGAAUUUGCCAGGGAAAUGAUAUUAGGAGGUGUGUCGAUCCAGGUACAAGAUACUACAGCGGGAUGCGGACAAGCCCCUUUACCAGAUUCAUUUUAGACUUGUUUCUGCUUCCACGAUCCACGAUACGAAGAGUUCCCCACGUACCAGAAGAGAUAAGCAUUGUCUAUACCAAGGAUAUUCCUAGACGACCACCACUACCUAUCUGCUGCAAACGGACGGCAUUCGGCUAGUUGUCGAGCAGGAUUGCCUCGAAGACAACUCCCCCAACGAGACCCUCCUUUAUCCCGUUAGGGUUCUAGGCAGUGUCGACCGUUGAACUCAAAUAUACCGGGCAGUCCAGAUCGGAUCCUUGGUUCGUCCACAACCUUCUCACGAUUGCAAGCGCGGCCAGGAUAGAAACUACGGUACGAAGUGUGUGUCAACGCAUCAUAGCUGGGAGUCGAGUUCGGGAACCCGUCUUCAGCUCUUCUGUGACGUUUUGCUUGUUUCUGUUUCUCCCUCCCGUGGCUGUUCCAGUGGAGUCGCAGGGCUGUUAGGCUCUUCAGAAGUUCAGAACAACUGCAAGGGCGGUUCACUCCACUUUGCUCCGAUCCAAACAAGGGCACCAUACUCGGUCAAGUCGUUACGAAGAUCUUUUUCGUCCGGGAGACCGCUAUUAGCGAGGGAACAAACACUAGGUAAUAAUAGUACCCCCAGAGACUCCUUGGUGGGCACUGGUAGUGAAGCGAAUUAAGCAAUAUUGCCGCUUGGCCAGGCUCCGCUCCCACAUUAAGCGCAAAGGUUUUCUGACGACACUACCACUCGACUAUACCUUCACUUUCGACGGUACUGAUUUAUCCCGCAGGCUCUCCCUACUCAUGAUAUAACGCUUAAUAUUCUUCCCCUCCAACCCAGGCACUAUUACCCGUUUAUCUUUAUAGUCGACCUCCUUUCGAUCUAGGUGUAGACUUGGGAAGAACCCACUACCAAGUGCCAUUCUUAACCCUAGGUACGCCCUACAAGGAUCAUUAUACCAAUCCUUGGGUCUUACGAACCAUUUCGCGUGGAGGAGAGCUAAAGUGUUCCCUGGAUAUUUUUACAAGCCAACACUCGCAACACUCUGAUAUUCAUGAGCGCACCGACAUUUCCAGAGGACCCUGUUACACAGCGGCCGGCUCUUCAAAGUGCGGACUUUCGGCUUACGGUUCGCCAGAAUCCGGAGCGGGCCCGUGUAGCAGGAGGGAAGGAGAAAGAACGCAAGCCGGUGGAUCCUCCGCCUAUAAUCCAGCUGAAGAUAGAUGAAACAAAGGACCCUGGGCAGAACUACCUACAAAGUCCGUUUUACUUUAUGUGCUGCACCCUGUACAAUGCGACAGAGGAUACGCCGGCGACCACAGCUCAAUCUACGGCGCUCGCGGGGACUUUAGUGUCUUCACUCCAUCGGCUCAAGGACACCGAUAAUAUGGAAGGCGGUUUUUUCGUCUUCGGUGACCUUUCCGUUAAGAUUGAAGGGGAGUUUAGGCUGAAAUUUAACCUGUUUGAGAUGCGAGAGGUUAAGAGAUGUGGUGGCACGAGAGAUGAGGUCGUUUACAUAAAAUCAAUCCUUUCCAAACCAUUCACUGUGUCCCCCCCAAAGAACUUUCCUGGGAUGGCCGAGUCUACAUGGCUUUCAAGGUCUUUUGCAGACCAAGGGGUUAAGCUGAGAAUUCGGAAGGAGGCUCGUACGCUUCUCAAGCGCCCAAUGCCUCGAGCGGAGCCAGAAUAUCCUGCUCCACUGGCGCAGCCUCGUUCACCAGAGCGCCCCGGCGCGUCGAGUCAGCAGAUCGGAGCUGCUUACCAGCCAAGCCGAGAUUACCCCUUUUACAAUGGACCCGAAGCCAAGCGUUCACGAAGCUCCGUUGACAUGAGUGGUCGAGGUUUGUAUGAAGGUGAUGCUCGCUACCAGUACCAGCCGCACGCGACGAAUCCAUACCAAAAUCAGGCGUACCAACAGGGCAUGAUGCAAGGGUAUACAACUGCUGGCACUGGGGUAUCUGACUACCCCAUUCGACAGGCACCGCAAGGAUCCACCCCAACGCCUUUUGGUUUCGCUGACGAAUCUAUGGGAUCUAUCCGCUCCCCUGGAGCGGGUGGGUACAUGGGGCAACCACGGUAUCAGUCUUACUCGGGUGCGCAGAUGCCAUACAAUCUUUCUUCUUCCGCACAGAUGUCGCAAAUGGGCGAAUCCACCCCAGGCCGGACCGGCCAGGCAGCAAAUAUGGGGGGAAUCGUUUCUGGUCAGUCUUUCAGUCAACCCGCAGGACACAUGCAGAGUCCUUCUCAAGUGAGACAAACCGGUUCUGCCUACCCACAGGGGCACUCACCUGAAUCAUCUACUCUCUAGGUUCCGCCGGCAUGGGGAUGAUGCCCCAAAUGUACCAACGAUCUCAGUACCAACCUUCAGGCUCAACCAUCCUACCUCCUCUGCAGUCGAACCGGCAAGUAGCUCCGUCGAAUAGUAACGGCAAUCCGCGAGCGUACUACGAUCCAUCCUUGCAAGGAACUCCACCAAUUCUCCCCUCUCAGCCGGGUCCCUCGACCAAUGGCGAGAGAUACGGGAGUGACAGUCAGGCUGCUUUCGAUGCUCCUGGCUCGUCUACCACAACGCAGCAAUAACGUACUCUCUACGAAUAUCGUGUGAUCGACUGUUUAUAUUAUAUAUAUUUUUUUAUCCCGCGCUUUCAUUUCGGCUUAUGAUUCUUCCUUGUAUUCUGACAUGAUAUUUCUCCAUUUCCAUACUCGUUCGUUUGGAUAGACUUGCACGGGAGGUGUCAAUGGAAGGGGGGGAGUGAACGGGUCCGGUUCGGAACACUAUAGCCAUACCUGGUGCCUAAGGGACAUACAGGUCUUAUUUUUAUGCUAUUUUUUUUUUCUUUUCACUGGGGGUUUCAUAAAAAAUUGCAUCAUUCCUUGGUUCCUUCUUGUACAGUAUGUUAUAUAUUUUUUCUCUUUUUGCAGUGGGGCAUUCCUUUCCUUCAUAUAAAAGUAGUUUAUUGGACGCCCUUUUCCGUUUCUCUUGCUAUGCUUUCUUGUUUGUCUUGUUUGGAGCUUGCGGUGCAUUCUCAAAACUAUAGGCUGUUAAACGUGGGGCUGGCAGUUCUUAACGGUAAAGGCGUGGACUUUUAGAGAACCGGGAUCUCAGGAUACAGGGCAAUUAAAAUGAUAACUUAAUAGGGUCUUCUCUAGUUCAUAAUGGUAUAGGAGUCAACUAAUGUAUCUCUGACCUCAUCUAGUUCUUUGUUGAGAUUCAAUCAAUUUAGGGGCUUUAAUGCACGGUGAUUUUAAGGUAUAAUAUAAAACAAGAAUGC